GUUGCAAUUUCAGUAGAAUCGAGCAACGCCGAUGCGAACGAGAAGCUCGACUACAGUGUGAUAACCCCUAUGCUGACGUCACGCUCGAAAGGUAAGUCGAAUAAUGAUGGAAUUUCUGAAGAAUUUUUGAUAUGCCUCGGUCAUGAAGCUAGAAUUGAUCGUUCAAUUGGCGCCGCUCUGGCCGUUGAGCAACUUCUUCGGGAUAGCUAUAUUUUUGAUACGCAUGUGAUGAGUCGACCGUCAGGAAACGUUCGCGUUGUCGCAGCAAAACGAGAUUAUAUUUAA